GGGAGCGGCACCCCCGGGGGGAUGCCCGGGGCCUCGCCCUGCGCUGGGGCCUCGUCCUGCCGUGGCGGAGCGGAGGUGGAGCCGCUCGGCGGCCCCCGCCCCGAACAGCCGCCAUGGAGAAGUACCACGUCCUGGAAGUGAUCGGGGAAGGCUCUUUCGGGCGCGUGUACAAGGGGCGCCGGAAACACAGCGCCCAGGUGGUGGCCUUGAAGUUCAUCCCCAAGGUGGGGCAGUCUGAGAAGGAGCUGAAGAACCUGCAGCGGGAAAUUGAGAUAAUGAGAGGCCUCCAUCACCCCAACAUCGUCCAGAUGCUUGACACCUUCGAGACUGACAAGGAGGUGGUGGUGGUGGCUGACUAUGCAGAAGGAGAGCUCUUCCAGAUCCUGGAGGAUGAUGGGAGUUUGCCUGAGGACCAGGUCCAGAUCAUAGCUGCCCAGCUGGUCUCUGCUCUCUAUUACCUGCACUCCCACCGCAUCCUGCACCGUGACAUGAAGCCUCAGAACAUCCUGCUGGGCAAAGACGGCGUUGUCAAGCUCUGUGACUUCGGGUUUGCCCGGGCCAUGAGCAUCCACACCAUGGUGCUGACCUCCAUCAAGGGCACCCCACUGUACAUGUCUCCUGAGCUGGUGAGGGAGCAACCAUAUGACCACAAGGCAGACCUGUGGUCCAUGGGCUGCAUCCUGUACGAGCUGUUUGUGGGCACCCCUCCCUUCUACAGCAGCAGCAUCUUCCAGCUCAUCAGACUCAUCGUCAGGGAACCCAUCAAAUGGCCCGAGGCCAUAAGCCCGGUCUUCAAGAGCUUCCUGCAGGGACUGCUAAUGAAGGACCCCUGCCAGCGCCUGUCGUGGCCAGAGCUGCUCUCUCACCCCUUCAUUGCUGGGCGGGUUACUGUGAUUGAUGACAUAGAAGAGCAUGGGAUCCCAAACCCCUUCACCACCAAGCUGUCCCCAGAGCUGGAGGCCCUGAAGGAGCAGCAAGCCCAUUCCAUGGCCCCUAGGAGCGGUCAGUCCAAGAUCCUGAGGAAGGCCCAGCAGAAGAUGGUUGAAGAGACCCAGAAAAAGGAGCAACUGAAGGCAAGUGAUGCAUCUAUGAAGGACUCUGGCAAAGGAUGCCCGGGGCGUAGACCCAGUGCAGCUCCAAGGAAGGCAGCCACUGGGGAGGGGGAGCCACCGUCUGCCUCCAACAAGAAGAACCCUGGUGUCCUGCAAGGGAAGAGCAGCACGGCAGACUGGGAGCUGGAGGAGCCUCCCCCCAGCCCAUGGGAGCACAGCAUCAGUCAAGACUAUGAGAGGGAGUUUCCUGGAGCAGAGGUCUCUCUGCAGCCUGGUGUGGGCAGGGCAGAGAGCUGGGACAGGUGCAGCUUCAAGACUGUGGACUUGGAGAGUGAGGAUCUGGAGAGCCAUGAGGAGUGGCAGUACCCGAUCAAGGCCACUGAGCCCUCAGCCGUGCAGCUGGGCACACCACUGAGCCUCCUGAGGGACCCGGCCUUCCGGCACCAUGUCCAGGCCCACCUGGCAGACUCUACUCAGCAGGUCCUGGAAGGGAUGCUGGAGGGAGGCUCUUGUCUCCAUCUUGUGCUCCGUGUUGUGGACAGCCUCCUGGCUACCCGAUGUGACUCUGAGCUGCCUGACCACUUCUGCCAAGAGCUUAAUGUGCCUCUGUCUCCACUGUGUCUAGCUAAGCAGAUCCUGGAGAGUGGUAGUGCCAAGCAGCAGCCCUGGUGUAUCAGAGUGCUGACAGACCUCCUCAUGGUGACCACAGUUUAUUUCGACAGCGAGUGUAGCCUGGAGGAGAGUGGGCAAAAGGACAGCCUGCAGGCCUUUCAGGACAGUGCCAGCUGCUUCCUAGCCCGGCUGCUGGGGCUGCUGGCCGAGCCAGCCAACAGCAAGAAGAGACUCUGCCAGCAAAGCCUUCUGUGCUUCAAUCUGCUCUGUGAAAGCCUGGAUGUGAUGUGCCCUUCCAUCUCUGCCUCCUUCUAUGGCAGCCUGCGAGAGAAGCAUCAGCCCCUGCUGAACAGACUCCUUCAGGAAUCCAUAUCUGAGCAGCCUGCUCUGCAAGGUGCAGUGAUGGAGGCCAACUCAUCCCAUGAGCAGAGCCCACAUGUGGCAGACAUCUUCAUGGCUGCAUUGGCUGCUGCCUGCAGCAUCCCCCUGGAGAGGAAUGGCUGUCGGGAAGCCAAGCAGCAGGUCGCUCAGGAGGUAGCUGAAAAGCUUAUGGAGGGAGAGAGCCAGAAGCUUGGGAGACUGUUGGGGAGACUAGAGCACCCAAGCUGCUCCUUGAAUGUGCUGAAGAUCCUUUACGCUGGCUGCCAUGCCAGCCUGAGCCUGUGCCAGCACCUGGGAAGGAGCCAACGACUGUGGGAUUCCCUCCUGCAGCUCUUGAAGGGCAAGGUCCCCAUGGCAGAGGUGGCCCAGGGGGCAGCCUGUGAGGCCUCUCUGUACCUACUGGCCCUGCUCAGCCUGCAGCUCCAGGCCCCCCCUCCCAGGCUUGAGGAGGUGGUUACACUGGCUGUGGAUCUCAUCAUCCAGUCUCCUCUCAUCUCCCUUGUGGGUGCUGCAGCAUUCCUCCUGGCACAGCUAAAUCAGCACAGGGUGGCCUUGGAGCUCACAGCAGAAGAGAUCAUACCAGUGGUGACAAAUACUCUGACAGCAUCUGCUGAGCUGCAGCUUCCCCCGCCAAUGGGUGCUGGUCUCUACGAUGGGCUCUUUUUCCUUCUACUGAAGCUCCUUGCCCAGGAGGAUGUGAUCAUGGAGCAGGGUUUUGCUGCCUCGGAGCUGUGGAGUGUGAUGUGGCAUCGUGGUGCUGCAGUGCUUCGUGCAGGCAGUGACCAGGCAGCGCUGGAGGGAGGCCCUGUGGUGGCAGAGCCAGACUGGAACCUCCUCUCCCCUCGUGGCACCCUGUUCUUCCUCAGCCUGGCCCUCUUUGUCUUCACUCAUGAGUCCCACUGGUGCCUGCCUCAGCUCAUCCAGCCCCAAGGUGUCCUCAUGGUGACGCUGAAGAGGCUGCUGUCCCCUGGCUUCCUGGCAUGCCUGGCACAGACGCAAGCUGGAGAGGAUGGCGACCCUAAGCUCGUCCCAGCUGUGGUGAUCCAGACCUGCCAGCUCCUCUGUUCCCUUUUUGCCCUGGAUGUGGAUGGAGACACCUUAGCAUUGGUCAUGGAGGCAGUGAGAGGUGCCCAGAUCCCUUCCCAGCUGCUGCAGGUCUGCUCUUGCCAUCUGCCCCUCUCGUGCACCGAGCUCCCCAUGAGCCUCUUGUACCGCUUUGUGGUGUCUGACGAGCAGGUCAUAGACCAAAUGGUGAGGGAAGCUGCUGCCUCGGAGCACAUCAUUGCCUUCUUGACGUCUGCCUUGUUUUCAGACCUCCCCAGACUCACAAGUGACCUCCUGUCUCUCUUGGCCCAUGUGGCCCGGGCCAGUCCGGAACACUUGCCCUUUCUCCAGAGGAUCCUGAGGGGCUCGGAUGGGGCCAACCAGCCACUGACCUGUCUGCUGGGUCACUGCCAACACCCAAUCCGGGCCAAAACCUGCACCCUGUUGGGCAACAUGCUCCGGUACAGCCACGGCUUUCCCCAGGCGCUGCAGAGCCAGCCUGGCUUGCUGGAGAGCCUGCUGGGGUGCCUGGAGGACCAGGAGGAGAGCGUGCGCCGGGCAGCCAGCUUCGCAGUGGCCAACGCAGCCUACCGCAAGUCCUUCCCCGCUGGGACCCUGGGCGGGGCCGUGCCCCGGCUGGUGCGGCUGCUGCGUGACUCGCAGGCCAGGACAUGCUGCAACGCAGCCAUGGCCCUGGGCAACCUGGGCUGGUGCUCAGCGGAGCUGGGACACCUGCUGAUGGAGAGCAAGGCUCCCCAUGUCCUGCUGGAGAUGGCCUGCCGGGACCCCCGGGAGAGUGUGCGUGAGGGAGCUCUCGUCGCGUUGCAGGCCCUGAGCCAGCACCCUGGGAUACGGCAGGUCCUGCUGUCCCUCGGCGCCACGGAGAAGCUGGCUGCACUGGCCGGCAGCAGUGACUCGCAGCCCGCUGCUGGUGGCAGCUCCCGGCCGCUUUCUGCCCGGCACCGCGAGAAGCUCCUGCGCCUCCUCGCACCUCUGCAGAGCACCGGCGGGAGCGGCGAUGGAACGCACCCCGGCUCCCCCGCUCGCGGCAAGUCGGCCGCCCCGCCCCGGCGCUGAGGACUGACGCCGGACUUUGUCCUUUCCCGUUCCUGGAAAAGUGCCUGUAGACCUCAAGAAAACCCCUGUUUCUGGGCGGCCCCCCAGCGCCCCGGGGCUUGCCCCCCCCGCCCCGCCCCGCCCCGGGGCAGCCCCCGGGCACCGCCGCCCCGGCUGUGCUUCCGCCGGGCCGGCAGGCGGCGCUGCGCGGCCCGUGCCGCCCGCUGGCGCGGGGGCCGCCGGGAGCUGUAGUUAGGAGGCGGCCCCGCCCUGGUCUCCAUAGUAACGGCGGGCGGCGGCGGCGGCGCGCGGAGCGGCGGGGCCCGCGGGAGCCGAGCUGGGCGGUGAGUACGGGAGGGGCGGGCCCGCUGUGCCUCCCUGCCGGGGAGCGGGGCCCUUCGUGGGGGGUGCGUGUCUUCCCGCUUGUCCGCGCCUUCCCGGCUGUCCUCCCCAGAGUCCCCCCGGGCCGUGGGGCCCUCGCUCCCCCCCGCUGCCUCCCCGUCCCCGCCUCGCCGGGCCCCCCGGCCUCCCCUGCCCCGCCGCCUUGCUCCCAGCACCCGCCCGGCCUGUGUCCGGGCCCCGAGGGGGCGCAUUUCCCAAGCCCAGGCCUCCCCGCCUUGGCCCGACUCUGCCUCCCCCGGGGCCUCGCCGCCCCGGGCCCCGGCCCUGGGGCCGCACGGGGGUGCAGCGCGGCGGGACGCGCGGGGGCCGGGUCCCGACCGCCGCUCCCGGGGCGGAACCGGGCGUCUCGGUGCGGCCCUUGGCCUCCAAGACUUUUACUUGAAGACGUGAGACCCACAGCGUGUUUCCCGGGCGAGCGGCAGGGAGGGUGAGGAGCUGGCUCCUUAGCGAGCCUGUCCAGCGGCACUUGGAGCUGCAGUCAGGAUGGCGCUGGGGCAGACCAGCUGUUAAUCCUUCUGCUGGGGUCUUGGUCUGGCUGCUCUGGUGUUGCUAAAAAGGAGCUGAUGGGUCUGAACGGUGAAGCUGCGAGAAGAGUUGAGUCAGGCCUGAAGUGUUUCCUGAAUAUCCCCAGGGUCCAGGCUGGGAAUGAGGGGCACGGGAGUGGGGAAGCCCUGUAGCGCUGUGCCAGCCUGCUGCCUCCCUGCCUGGCCAGGCGGUGGGUAUUUCAUGGGCAGCAGAGUUCAGCCCCACAGGUCCACAUCAAAACCCUCCCUCUGUGACUCCUGUGGUGUGGCUUUUCUUUCUUACUGCUGCAUGCUCCCCACUGAACAUGCACAUGAGGGUCUGGUGGUUCCUAGCCAGUCUGGGGGAAUAAACAGCGAGUUGUUGUUGGUCUGA